GCGGCCGGCCGGAGGCGGCGCCGGGCAGGCCUGAGCGGCGGGGCGCGGCGCCCGGCCCGUGGGGAUGCGGGACCGGCUGCCGGACCUGACCGCGUGUAGGAAAAAUGAUGAUGGGGACACAACUGUUGUUGUUGAAAAGGACCAUUUUAUGGAUGAUUUCUUCCAUCAGGUCGAGGAGAUCAGAAACAGCAUAGCGAAAAUAGCUCAGUAUGUCGAAGAAGUGAAGAAAAACCACAGCAUCAUUCUUUCUGCACCAAACCCAGAAGGAAAAAUAAAGGAAGAGCUUGAAGAUCUGAACAAAGAAAUCAAGAAAACUGCUAAUAAAAUUCGGACUAAGUUGAAGUCUAUUGAACAGAGUUUUGAUCAGGAUGAGGGUGGAAACCGAACUUCUGUGGAGCUUCGUAUCCGAAGAACCCAGCAUUCAGUGCUAUCUCGAAAGUUUGUGGAAGUCAUGACAGACUAUAACGAAGCACAGACUCUAUUUCGGGAGCGAAGCAAAGGCCGUAUACAGCGUCAGCUAGAAAUAACUGGAAAAACUACCACCGAUGAUGAGCUGGAAGAGAUGCUGGAAAGUGGGAAUCCCUCCAUCUUCACGUCAGAUAUUAUAUCAGAUUCACAAAUUACUAGACAGGCUCUCAAUGAAAUCGAGUCCCGUCAUAAAGACAUCAUGAAGCUGGAGACGAGCAUCCGUGAGCUACAUGAGAUGUUCAUGGACAUGGCCAUGUUCGUCGAGACUCAGGGUGAAAUGAUCAACAACAUAGAAAAAAAUGUUAUGAAUGCCGCAGACUAUGUAGAACAUGCUAAAGAAGAAACGAAGAAAGCUAUUAAAUAUCAAAGCAAAGCAAGAAGGAAAAAGUGGAUAAUUGUGGCUGUGUCACUGGUUCUGUUGGCUGUGAUUGCUCUAAUUAUUGGUUUAUCAGUUGGCAAGUGAUGAUGUGGAUAACGGCGGCAUGCAUGUCUCUGCCAGCACGGCAAAAAUGAUGUUCAUUAUUAUCUGUGUAGUUAUUUUGCUUGUGAUCCUUGGAAUUAUCCUAGCAGCAACAUUGUCAUAGCAACUGUAUCCCAAGAGCCAUUUGUCCUUGGAGUCAGACCACAUCUGCAGCAAAUCAGCAUCCUCCCAUUUCAUGAAUGAAUCCUAGACAUUGUGACAUGUGGCAUUGAGUUCUGAUAUUUUAUUAGUGAAUUCAAGGAGAGAACACAACAGAAUGUAUUGUUCGGUGGAAAAAACAGAAUGGAUGUGAUGCGUUAACCCAGACAUCCUUGGACUCUAAAUAACACAACACAAACAUUUAACAAUGUGAGACUUGUUUCAAUGGCCUUAAAAUAAGGAAUUAUUGAAAUUUUCAAUUUUUUUUUAUAUUUCAGUGUUAAAAAUAUGUAUGUGAAGUACAAUUAGGAAUAUCUUAUGUUAUGAAGCUGUUAGAUUUCAGGUCUAAGACUUUCUUCCCUCUCCCAGCUAACACGCUCAUUAUGAGACUUUUUGUACUAUGUUUCACUCAUGUUUGUUUAUGUUUGCAAAAAUUAUUUUUAUUAUCACAGAGCUGUUUUGUAAGAUAUCUAUAAGUUUAAAUGUUUAUAAAUUAAUUGUUUAAUAUAUUAACAUCUUCAUUUACUCCAAUUUUAUAUCUUAACUAUUGCCUUUUAAAAGAAAUAGGAAAAAAACUUCAUGACAUUAGAGCCAUCUUUGCACAGUUGUUUACAAAGUUUGCCAUCGGCAUAGAAAACAUUGGUUGCAAAGUACCCCAAAAAGCCUUUCUAGUUCCUUCUGUUGAAAUUGAUUUAUAAGGUUCAAAUCUACCCAAUACCCUCCAGGAAAAGCUCGAUUAUCGUACUCAGCUUCCUUUCUACCUGUUCGAUUACCCGAGAUAAUAAAUUAGUUACUGCACUGUAAAGACAAUGGUCUCUGCUUUCAUUCAUUACAAAAGAAGGUUUGUGUUUCCCUGUUCACACUAAUAAAGUCUGAAUUUAAGAUGGUGAUAAAAUCAAAUUUUAAACUAAAGGGGAUUAUUCCCAGACAUUAAGUCACUCUUUUAAACUGUUGUACAGAUCACCUGAAUGUUCUUGUUACGUAUCUACUAUUCUGCUGAACUUUAAAAGUUAAUUCUCAAAGUUUACAGGAAUACAUAAUUAACAUUUGUAUUACUUCUUAAUUUUUUAAAAUUAUAAUAUGCUUUAUAUUUAGACUGUAAAAUGUACAAAAUCUUAUUAGCCAAUGUGCAUCUAUAUGAUAGCAAGUAGUCAAAACUUUAAAUGAAUAUGUGAAGGAUAUUCAAAAUAUAGUUAUCUCUUGUUACUUCUGUAUGUGAUUGUGUAAGCUCGUGACAUUGUCUGGCUUGAAAACUAAUACAUAGACACGCCUGAUUGCAAGCUGUAAGUGUGAAUUACAGAACCGUUUAGAAGCUGUGCUCCCUCUUGAAUACAGUUACAAAUUCCAUGCAUUCAUGCUUUAUACAUCUGACUGCUUAACUCAGAAUCAAGUCUAUAUGUGUGCAUUUUAUUUUCUUGCUGGUCAUCACUGUGUAGUCAGGAUUCCUAUAGGAAUCUUCUGGCUCCAACAUAUAUGCUUCUUAAACAUAUAUGGGAUGGACUCCCUGGUUGGUGCUUAUGUUGAUGGUAUGACUUGUGCUAAAGGAUUUAAUUAUCCAGAGAUCAUGCUUGUGUCAGUGUAACUUUUGUACAUCUGUCGACCGUAUGAUUAUGUGCACGUGUAGAGACACUUCAUGCUCCCCAUGUGUCCCACUGUCGCUUCAAGUGAAGUCUUUCUAGCCCCCAGUCCUCAUAGCAAUUCCUACUGUAUCUUUUUAAGACAUUCUUCCUGGAUUUGAAACACUUACUGAAUCUGUGUUUUAUAGUUGAAGUUAAAGAACUGCUUUUUGAUUUCUCCUUAAGAUGUGUAAGUCAUUUACCAGGUAACCCAUUUUGUAUGUCUAAGCCUCAUGUACUUAUUUGACAUUGGAUUUUUAAAAAUACAUAUACAGGUUCACUUGCUACUUUUUAAAUCAUUUCUUGAAAUUUCAUGUUUACAUUAAAAAAAAAAAAACCUCAAAAGAACCCAAAAAAGAAAUAUUUUACUUUCUGCCUUGUUCAUUUCUAGAAGGAUUUGGGGGGAGAUAUUUUAUUGCAUAUCCAUAAAUAAAUUGUUACAAGAAUAUUA